AUGACACCUCAACUUUUCAUCAACUACAAGCUCAAAUCAGUGGCACAUCUGCCUUGGCGCAUGCUGACUUACAAGGCACUCAACACUUUCAUCGAUGAUCUCUUUGCUUUUGUUAUCAAAACGCCCACACUCUAUCGCAUCGGCUGUUUCCGUGAUGAUGCAAUAUUCUUUAUAUACCUCUAUCAACGCUGGAUCUACCGAAUCGACCCAAAACGUGUGAACGAGUUCGGAGUAAGCAAGGAAAUGUUGGAUGACAAAAAAGAAGACGGUAAAGAGGUGGAAGCGGCAAAUGGGGAAAGAGCCGAACCAAAGGGAGGCAUGGAAGAAGGAGUGGCAAAGGACGAGCAGGUGUUGAGUUUUGCCGAUGCCGAAGUUGGCGAUAACGCUUUGGAAACUACAAAUGGCGGUGUUCGUCAGCGACGUGGAAAUGCGGUGAAAUCCACGGCCUCAUAG